AUGGAUAUCUUAGAAACACACAUUGGGAAAAUCAAGGCAGAAUUUCAGAAGCUCGAUAGCGACAAACUGUUUUAUAAAAACAGCAGUGAGCAACUCUUGAAGAAUAGCUCUCAAUUACACAUCACCAAUGACAAAGAUUCGUUGGUUUGGAGGAGCCAUCAAGUUCUAAAACUAGAGAUUGAAACCCUAAAGAGAACCAUUGAGGAAGAACAAAACAAGAAUGCUCUCCUCCAGGAUGAACUUAAGAAGAAUGCUCUCCUCCAGGUAGAAAAACAGGAUCUCAAAGAGAACUUGCAGUUGAAAAACAUAAUGGAGGAAGACAUCAAAAACAACAAUGCAAAACUCGUUAUUGAAAGCAGUCAAGCUCUCCGAGAAGAGAUCGAAAAAAUGACGAAAAUAAUUAAUGAAAGUAAGGAUGAAAGUAACAGGAAUGCUGUCCUGGCAGAAAAAGAGGUCGUGAAAGAGCAUGUCCAGGUGAUAAAUGGUCCCAUGAAAGCUCUCCGAGAAGAGAAUGAACGCUUAAAGAAAAUAAUUGAGGAUGAGCGUAAGAACAACGCUGUCAUCCAGGCACAGACAGAGGGUGUAAAAGGGCACUCCCAGGUGAAAAACGAUGUCAUGGAAAGCAGUCAAUCCCUCCGAGAUGAGAAUGAAAGCUUGAAGAAAACAAUUGAGGAUGAACGAAACAAGAAUGCUCUCCUCCGGUUAGAAAACGACGACAUGAAUGUAAACUAUGGUAAUCUUCAGCGAGCACUGGGUUACCUCAGGUUUGAAUACAGCUAUCUCCAGGAAAAAAACAAAGACCAGCCAGAAAACAAGGACGCUCUCCUGGUAGGAAGCGAGGUCAUGGACCACAUCAACCUUGAGGUGGAACUCGGCCACCUUCUGUGUGAUAAUAAGCAGCUUACAGUAGAAAACGAGGAUCUCAAGGUACAACUCUAUGAUAUGGAGUUAAACUGCAAGAACUCGGUGCAUGAAUGCCAUCUCCUCCGGUCCCAAAACGGGUAUCUCCAGGCAACAAUCGAGAAACUCCAGGAAGACAUACUCCAGAGCACCAACAAGGCCCAACAGUCAAAAAUCAAGAAACUUGGGGCAACAAAUAAAGACAUCCAGGAAGACAGGGACAUGCUCCAAGGAGACAACAAUACCCUACAGGCAAACAUUAAGGAACUGGAGGCAACAAUCAAAGACAUCCAGGAAGACAGGGACAUGCUCCAAAGAGACAACAACACCCUACAGGCAAACAUUAAGCAACUGGAGGCAACAAAGACAUCUAUGAAGAAAAGGCCAUACUCCAAAAAAAUCAACAAUGACCUAGAGGCCAAAAUCAUGGAAGCAAACAUGGAACCCCAAGAAAAUGAUGGACUCCUGAUGAAUGACAACCUACUCCAGGGAAACGUAAAAGCAAAAAUCAAAGCCUUCGAACAGAAGGGUAGAGAAAGGGUAAAAGACCUUCCCAGGCAGGCAGAGGUCUGUUAUGGAGAAAUCAAACAGAAAAAGACUUUAGCUUGGAAGACAUGUAAGAGUAUCUUAAAGCAUGGAUUUAAAAAGAACUCCAAAAGCAAAGACACUUCCCAAAGUAAUGGCAAUGACUUGAAGCAGUGGGAGUCCGUUGAUGAGCUAAAUGUUAAAAUCAUCACCCAUAGCUCCAAAAAGAUCUCCAAAAACAACGGCGAUCCCCAAAGUAAUGACAUUGAACAUGAACAGUCAGGUGAUGAGAUAAAUGGUAAAAUGAUCACCCAUAGAUCCAAAAAGAUCUCCAAAAACAAAGGCAAUCCCCAAAGUAAUGACAUCGAACAUGAACACGAACACUCAGGUGAUGAGUUAAAUGGUAUAAUUAGCACCCAUGGAUCCAAAACGAACUCCGAAAGCAAAGGCGAGACUCACAGUGAUGGCAUCAACAUGAAGCAGGGGAAGUCAGGUGAUAAGUUGUCGACUACCUGUGACAAUGAACAUCAACCAGAUUGUUCUGGUUCGGGUUUGAAGGCCAAAUGCAAACAUCUUUCUGGCGUGCUGCCAGAAAAAAACAGACUUCGACACAACACCGGCACAUCAUUUUAA